UCCGACGCUUCCAAUGCAACAGUUCCAUGGACAUGCCAUCUCCCACCUCCGUUUCCCCCUCCACCUUCCCCUCCUUCUCCCCUUUACCCUCCCCCUCCCCCUACCCCUCGCAUUCCUCCUCCUCCUCCUCCUCCCCCUCCCCAGUCUAUUUCCUCUCUUCGUUCGCGGCGGCCGCAGGUUGUGAUCGGACUACGCCGUCUCUUUGCCUACUCGAUUUGAUGGACCAUCCAGACGUCUAUAACGGUAUCCCGACCUCCGAGCUUAUCCGCUCUCUUGCCAAUCUUGAGCUAAUUAAGCACGAUUGGGUCGUUUCCUUGAUUGGCUCAGUGCUCCAAUCUCGUGCGAUGGACGUCGAGGCGUUCUCCCGCCUGCUCUACGCAGUGGUGAGACGAACGACCUACCAUCACUUCUGCGCGGGGGAGACCUUGGAGGAGGCUGCGCGAUCACUCGAGCGGAAUCGGGAUCGGGGCGUACGUGGCAUCUUGGACCACAGCGUUGAAGAUGCUCUUGACAACGAGUCUUGCGACAGGAAGGCGCAGAACGUUCUCCGAACCAUCGACACCAUCAGCCAACUGGUAGAAGAUGGGGUUAGCCAUGCUUGCGUGAAGAGGAUGGCUCUAAGUGCGCGCCUAGCCGUCGCCCGGCGCUGUUGUGCGCUGCUGUCAGGGCCAAGGAGCGGCGCCGGCAUAGCCAGAAGCGCCGCCAUGGCUAUGAGCUUGUAUUCUCGAGGAGGAGAUGCAGAUGUAGCGCCGUGCGCAGAGCUUGACACGUGUCAUCGCCCAAACGCGGCUACGGCGGAUGACCUACGCUCUAUGAGCGCUAAUCGACAUUGCCAGAUCCCAGCCGAUGAGUUGGCGGACGAUAGCGGCAUCGGCCGCCGCCAUCACGACAACCGCAGUUCCGCCGCCGCCGCCGCCGCCAUCGCUUCCGCUCGUCUUACUAAUGAUGAUGACGUGACCAACGUCUGGGAUCGCGAUCCCGGCCGUACGAUCACCAGAGGCGGGGAAGAAGAUCCAGCCGCAGCCAAGCAACCGUCCAUUCGACAGAAGCGGGUCGCGAUCCAGAUCAGGUCAAUCAUCUGUGAGGAGAUGGAGAGGACUGCGCUGCGGGACCACCUCUUGGGGCGAUGUGGGUUCUUCGUCGACGGGGUCCGGAUGAGUCCCGAUCUUCGCACAGCCUUCAUCACCUGGACCUGCCAUCCCCAAAUGGCGGCCGACGCUUAUCGUAGGGUCUCCUCGGCAGCUUCCAAAUUGCGCUCCGUCGUCUUCCAGAGGCUGGCCAUGCGCUUCUCUCCGCGAUUGGAGUUCAGAUAUGGCGGCUAUGGCGGAUCGACGCAGGACGAGCAAGAGCUGGAAGAGGCUUUUGAGAGGCUCAAGCGGGAAGAAGACUAAGUGCCCUCGCUCCACUAUGCAACACUCUUGAGUGUAUGUAGCAAUGAUAAGGUCCCCCUAUACAUUCGAAAUGCUGGAUCAGUCUGAAUGAAUCUGGUCCACACUGCAGUCCACCUACACGUAGGAUGUUUGUUGACGAUUGGAGUUCAGAUAUGGUGGCUAUGGCGGAUGGACGCAGGACGAGCAAGAGUUGGAAGAGGCUUUUGAGAAGCUCAAGCGGGAAGAAGGCUAAGUGAGUGGCCUCGCGCCACUAUACAACAUUCUGAGUGUAUGUAGCGCUAAUAAGGUCCCCGUACAUUCGAAAUGUUGGAUCAGUCUGAAUGAAUCUGGUCCAGACAG